AUGUACCAUAGCUUUAUCACACAAACCAACAUUGCAAUAGAUUAUGUCUUCUUUAUCUAUUACUCAUGUGCUAGUGUUCCCUUCGAGGGGAGCGUCCUGGUCUUAUUUGAGCACGGUCGUCUUGCUAAUUGGGUUCUUCUUGACCAUGAUUUCCAUACGGGGAAGUUGGGUCCGAUCUUUAUGAAUAGGGCUCGAUUGGUGGCUGCGAGGGAUCCGCAGACCUUUGAGCGGAGAAAGAAGUAUACUUGGGAGUUGAAGCAGAUGAUCGUUAGUGAGUCUGCAAGGGAUCUGCCAUUGCGUCGGAUUUACGAGGAUACUUUGGAUGCGCUUAGGAGGACUCUAGGCGUUGUUAUGAAACCGGAUGAGGGGCCGAGGCUUCAGACUGCAGAUGUAUUUGCGUGGUUAUUUGAGGCCUCUGAUGAUUAUCUGGACUUAAUGGCGCGAGAGGAACCUUUUACGCUCAUCAUAUUGGAAUAUUUCUGUGUUGCAUUGCGCCAGAUUGAAUGGAUGUGGUGGAUGGAGGGGCUUAGUGGUCGACUCAUGACAAAGUUGAAUUCUGCGAUAGACGAAAAGUAUCGAUGCAGGCUACGAUUACCGCAAGAACAGAUAUGCUGGGCUCCAUCUAUCUGA